UGGAAUUGAAUAUACUUUUAUGUUACCUCCGGGUAAACAAUUAAAUAUCGGUAGUUUCGUUUCUAUUCCAAUGAUGUUACGUUUCUUACGACCUGAUGUUGGUAUAGAAAGAAUUGAAGUUUCAUUAAAGACUUCUAUGGACUUUCAAUGUUCAGAUCACAAUGAAAAACGACAUUUAGAUCAACAGAUCGCUGGACUGGUCAUUUCACGUUCUGAACUUCGUUAUAUGCAGUCUUCAAUGCCUCAUUAUAAUUAUGGUGAAUGUACUCAUACUAUCAACCUAUUUAUUCCUCUCUCCGCUCAACCAACUUUUCAAGGGAGGUUCAUUAGUAUAGCACAUAAAUUAUCAGUAAAUGUUAGUCUUUACGGUUGUGUAAAGGGUUUUAUUAUUGAAGAACAGGUUAAGAUUUCUAAUAUAGUUGAAAAGAAUACACCCUCUAAACGUCCUUAUUCUCCUUUGUCUACUGAUCGUUUGCCAAGUCCUAUUAUGGCUUAUCCUGAGGGAGUUCCAAGUGAUUAUUCUCGAUCGCAUGAUUCUCUUGAACAGAUUCCUGGUUCUUUCGCUUAUCAGUCUCAUACGAUGAAUCAAGUUCGUCAGCAAUGUAGUCUUCCCGAAUUACCACAAGGCAUUCUCGUUGACGAUCAUUAUCAAGGACCAUUUCAUUCAUCUUUUGAAUAUUGUCGAAACUCACCUUUUGACAUUAGUAGUGGUUAUGACCGUAUAUUUGAUGGUUAUAACGUACAAACAUCAUCAGAUACGUCAAGUCAUAUUUAUCAACCAUAUAGUUCUUCUCAACAAUCUCGUUCUGAAA